GGAGAUCAUCCGUUGCUCCCAGUGGGAGCGGUGCAAGUAGUGACUUUGCAGCGGCGGCCGCAGCAGCAGCAGCGGUGGUGGCAGAGUCAUUGUGGUGGUUAGUCUGGAGUCUGGAAGCAGUUGAGCUUUGUGCAAACCCGCGAAACAACGCUGUUAAGUUCUUUGGCUGACCCUGCUGUGUCAGAUGAACAGUCCGACUGUGAAUAAUGGAUCGGAAGGAGCCGCUGACGGCGUCCGGAGGGUUUUCAAAAUCCUGCUGGCGAUCUUCAUGUACUACUUGGACCUGAUUGUGAUCGCUGGGAUGACCAGUAUCUUCUACGUGCUGGCGUUCUUCUCCUACCUCGUGGGCAAAGGAUACAGGGACAUCAACGAUGUUCUAUACGAGACGCAUGAGAGAUUUGUCGUCUUCUGCUCGAUGACUCUAAGAGGUAUCAAACGACACCACUACGGGGAUUACGGUCAGAUUGUGAAUAGAGGCGAGAGCGUUCUCGUGAUCGGCAAUCACCAAGUAGAAUCUGACUACUUCACGAUCGCCGCUGCGAUGGAGGAAUCGGGAUCUCUGAAACGGUUGAGACACGUCAUGAAAGAAUCGCUCAUAUGGCUUCCAUUCGUGGGAGCGUUUCUCGUGAAUCACGGCUCGUUCUUCAUUGAUCGCUCGAAAUUGAACUGGGACCGAUUCGAAAGAAAUGGCACUCGCCUCGCCACCAGCGAAUCGCCAACUUCCCUGCUCAUCUACCCCGAGGGAACUACAUGGAACAACGGCGAAGAAGUCGACGGAAUAUUCCAAAAAUCCGACGCUCUCGCGAGAUCCUGCAACCGUGAACCGUUCCAACACGUUCUGUUUCCCAAACACAAAGGCUUCUACCGGCUCUUAUCUAAAUUCCGCAACAGAUUGGAUGCCGUUUACGAUGUCACCGUCGGGUAUUCCUCGACUCGCUCACCGGAAGGCCGCCGCCUGAUGGCACCCGGCAUGAUCGAUUUCUUGAACGGAGCAUGCCCGGAUGUUCAUUUCCACCUUCGGCGAGUGAGCAUCAAGGACGUUCCCCAAGGCGAGGAAGAGGUGCGAGAUUUUCUCAUCGAACGCUUCGCCGAAAAAGACCAGCUGAUGGACGAGUUCUUCAAAACUGGUCGUUUCCCAUCGCCGACAGUCGAACUUCCACCACAGAGUUCAUUUAAUUUCAUGCGAAGCACCCUCGUCACAAUCGCAGCCGUCCUGCUAGCUGUGACGAAAUUCGGCUUAUCGAUCAUGCCCAUGUAUCUUGGAUUGCCCUUGGUGGCGGCAUACAUUCACGUGGUAUAUCAUUUGAACAGUUGAUGCUUCCUCCCGAUGAUAAUAUAGAUAUGUACCGGUCGAUCCUGCUCUCCCGAGUUCCCUUGUUCUAAGAAGAGGAUUAUAGGUGACACACGAGUGACAGCCUCGCCGAGGAAGGACAAAAGGAAUUAUAGAAUAACUUAUGUUUCCCACAUAAACAAUCUCCCAAAAUAUAGAUAUUUGUCAGCAGCUUGUGAUCCUCUCGCGGUGUAUUAUCGAAGUCGGUUUUGUACUAAUCGGAAGUUGGAAAACAUAUUCUCUGGUUGAGGAGUCAUCAUCUCAAUAUGGGAACCUUACGCCCGACUCCGCGAAAAUCCCUUUAUAAAAUAAAGCAGUCGUGUCGGUCCGUAAGCGUACCAAAAAUCGGACUUAUAAGCGUGUGAAAUCACUUCGUGACGAUGCAGAAUUAUCCCCGCCAGCGUAAAAAGCAAUUUUCCACU